AUGAUCUCUACAGGCAUGCGUGAAACAGAAAUCAUCAGCGGUCCCGGAGGCCUCCUUUCAAUUGCAAGGGCCCCCCAAGGGGCCCCCUUAGGGGCCCCCCAAGGGGCCCUCUUAGGGGCCCCAGAAGGGGCCCCCCUAGGGGCCUCAGAAGGGGCCCCCCUAGGGGCCCCCCAGGGGGCCCCCACAUUGGGGGCCUCCUCAGGGACCAGCUUAGGGGCCCCUGAAGGGGCCUCUUCCUUGGGGGCCCCCAGAGAAUGCUGCGGGUGUACAGGGGGCCCCCCUUGUUCUGCUUCAUGUUGUGCAUGCUCUGAUGCAUGCAGUGCAUGCAAGGAGAAGGAAGGAGGUGGUGUUGGUGUAGAUAAAGAAGAAAAAGAAGGCGGAGACAGCGAUCUAGCAAAGAAGACAAGAGAGUUUUUGAGUAUUGAUUACUCAGGUGUAUCUGCAGCUCUAAAUAGAUUUCGCUAUGACCCAAGACUCGCAGUAGCACUUCGUCUGCCUUCUUCUUCUUCUGUCUCUUCACCUCUCUACUCUCCUGCUGCUCUCCAGCAGCAGCAGCAGCAGCAGCAGCAACAUGCAGCAGCAGCAGAACAGCAGCAACUACAACAGCUCUUGCCUCCACCGCCUCCUCCUCUGAAUUUAAAGCGUCUCUCCUGCUCUGUAGACACCAUCCUCGCAGCCCACGAACAGCAGGCCCUCCAGGUGCGUCUUCUCAAGGGGCCCCCUCAGGAGCCUUCUUAG